UCUCGUGUUACAGUUACACAUGUGUUUGUUUAUGAGACAUUUCUUGGUAGAACUUUGUCGCUUUAGGACAUACGAUUUAUUAUUGCAUUCAUUUAUAAUUAGAUGAUAUAAGUGAAAUGACAAAUUGCUUAAAUACUAUGUUUUCCGCUGUUGGUUGAGCUUGGUAAACAGUAAUGUAUCCUAUCCGUGUUAGCUAGCUAGCUAUAGCUACAAUGUUACAGUGUGUUGUGGUGUGACAUUGAUUCAUUUAGCAAAUGAAACAUUUGUAGCACUGGCACUUCACUCGACACAUUGCAUAACUGGACAGUCUAUCUACCAUGACUAUGAAGGAGGAGGCACCGAGUGUCCCUGAGUGCUACAUCUCAGAACAUGAAGGGUUCUAUGGAACCAUCAAGAACUCCACCAGAGACUUUAUAGUCACAGAGAUAGACAUCCAUGGCCAGAUGGUCACUAAACCCAGUGUAUCUGAUGUUCCUCAAUCAUCCAACAUUAUUGAGGCAUGCCCAGGUGCCAAGUCUGAAAGAAAGAAAAAUAUUAUUAGCCCAAAACAUCAACACAACCUAAAAGAAGAGAAAUGUACUCCGGUUGUAAAGGAUGUGGAUUCAGAACCUGGACCGGGUCAGAAUGGUGACAUCACAUCCACCCCCAGCCAAGACUGUUUUGACCUGAGCUUGAUACUGGGUCAGUCUGUCUGUGAAGAGCUAGAGCAGUUCACUGCUUUAUUGAGAGAGGCGUCAUUAAGUCCCAAUGAUGGCGUUGAGAAGAAGUUGGCCAACCAAGAAUCAUCCAAUGGCAGUGAGAAGAAGAUGGCCAAUCAAGAGUUAUCCCUGGGUUCAUUCCCAGACAAACACCAAAGAGCUAACGUCCACCGCGCUGUCCGACACAACUUCCCCUUCCUGUUGACAGUAACCAACCAAUCAGAGAUCAGGGUUAAGGAGGACCCUGACUUUAAGCUUCUGUCAGGUUUGGUCUCAGAGGAGGAGGCCGAAUACUUUUUCAGGUUCAUCGACACCAAGAUGCCUAACUCUGUGUACACGUUCAGGGGUGACGACAGUAAGGAGCACAGGACGGCAGUGCACCACUUCCUCAGUAGACGGUUUGGUAAACUGGUGGAGACCAAGAGCUUCAGUGACCAGCAGCAGAAGACUACAGCCAUUACGGUGAGGUUGAGAGGAAAAGGGAAACCCAGGAAGAGAAUGGCUGAUGAUAGUAAAGGGGAAGAGGUCUAUACAGCGUUCACUCUGAGGAAGGAGAACCUGGAGACUCUGGAGGCUACCAGCUACAUGGCAGCUGUCCUGGGGGUGCUGCCCUCUGGCUUCACCUACGCUGGCAUCAAGGACAAGAGGGCCGUCACCUACCAGUCCAUGGUGGUCAAGAAGAUCUCACCACAACGGCUGAGAGAGAAGGCCAGUGAGUUUGAGAAGAGGGGGAUGGUCCUCUCCUCCGUCCGCUCCGUCCCUGAGCCUCUUCAUCUGGGUAGACUCCAGGGGAACCACUUUGACCUGGUGGUACGGGAUCUCAGACCACACCAGGGUCAUGACACACUGAUGGAGCUGGACUCACUGGUGCAGGAGGCUGUGGAGAACGUCAAGGUCAGGGGGUUUGUGAACUACUAUGGACCUCAGAGGUUUGGGACUGGACAGAGUGUUCAAUCUGACAGCGUCGGACUGGCCCUGCUCAAAGAGGAAAUGGUGGCAGCUGUCCAUCUGUUCUUCACACCAGAAGAGGGUGAUGACCCUCAGAGCGUUGCCAAGAGACACUUCCUCCAGACUGAUAAUGCUAAGGAGGCCCUGUCUCUGAUGCCCAUGUCCAAAGCCAGAGAGAGGCUGAUGCUGAGGGCCCUACAUCGCUAUGGGACGGGCCCAGAGGGCUGUACUCGUGCCUGGCUCAGCCUGCCCCAUGGGAUGAGGGUCUUCUACCCCCACGCGUACUGUAGCCGGGUCUGGAACGAGGCGGCUGCACACAGGCUGACCACGCUGGGCCACAGGGCCAGGCAGGGAGAUCUGGUCUGGAAGCAGAGGGGAGAGGAGGGGAUAGAGAUGGGAGAACCCAGCUUACCUCAGAUUCAUGUUGUUACGGCUGCAGAGGAGGAGGAGGAAGUCUACUCACUAGGACAGGUGGUUCUUCCCAUGCUUGGCAGCAGUGUGAAGUACCCAGAGAACCCUGUAGGGGGAUGGUACCAGGAGAGACUGGCGAGGGACGGACUACAGAGCUGUCGUUUCAGAGUCACUCCUCUCAAACUGAACCUCCCUGGCUGCUACCGCCCCCUACUGGCCAUCCCACGUAACCUCACCUAUAGGCUGGAGCAGGGCCAGAGAGCUGGGGAGAGGCAACAGGACAGUAAUGGAAAGUCCCCACAGGCUAGUGGAGCGGUACCACAGCACCCUGGCGCAGACACAACCAGGCCUGCAGGUCUGGAGAGGCAGAAAGGAGGGGAGAGCGUGCAGGGGAAUGGAGAGGGGAAGUCAGCGGUGCAGUACCCCGACACAGACACACCCAGCUUGACGUUGAACUUUGACCUGGACUCUUCCUGCUACGCCACCGUCUGCCUCAGAGAGGUCAUGAAAUGUGACCCUUAGACUGGAGUUAGUCUCAGAUUCUGUAUGGACUACUGUCUGUACAGUAUUGUAAUUAGUAUUGUGUUGUGUACACAGUAUGGCCUCUUGUGUACAUGUAGGAUACUGCCACAGUAUUGUGAUCAGUUUGCCGAUUCGUUGCCUGAUGUGGCAGUCAUGUCGUUAAUAAAAAAAUGCUUUGUUAAUUCUUCACAGUG